UCUUGUCCUUGUCACUCGUCUCUUGUUUUGUUAUUGUGAUUAUGUUAAAUCUCAAACUCAAAAUAAAAUCCAUCAACCUAAAUGUUAAAUUUAAAAACGUAAAAUUGUGAAAAUAUUGAAUAUUGGCAUAUUUUAACGAUUUAAGGACAUUGACAGAUAAGUGAUUUUGGUCAUGGCUCAACCCCCGUCUAGGAGUAUCUGGGCAAUGGUAAUAAGAAACUUCUUGAAUUCCAUUAAACCCAGACAAUUUCGAGGAAAUUUAAUGGGAACAGAUUAUUUCGGCAAUAAGUAUUAUGAAAUACCAGCAAAUCCCUCUAGUGGUAAAAGAAAAGCCAGUCGAUGGUUUGAUCCGCCAGAAAAGGAUGAUUUUAUGCAGGAGAUGCCAGCAGAGUGGGAAGCUUGGUUGAGAGGAAGAAGAAAAGAACCACCAAGCGAAGAGGAAGUUAUGAAAAAUUUAGCAAUUAUGCAAUUAAAGAAAAAGAAUGCUAUUGCAGUCGAAGCUAAAGCUGGCAAAGUAGUUCCUAUGAAGAAGGGUAUCGAGACUUUCCCUGUACGACCUGAAUAUGAAUCUGUGCCGGGGAAGCCUGUUAAAGACCCAUAACGUAAAUGUAAUACUGUGUUAAAUAGUUAAUUUAUUUUGUUAAAUAUAAAAGUAGAAUAGA